CAGAUCAGCUCCCGGAAGCAGGCCCGUUAGCCCAAUGGCGGUGGACCGAGCUGCUUUCGCUGAUCUCUUGGACAAGAGCUGGCAGUCCUUUAGAGAACAAGUCUUGGAGGCUUUUCCUGUCAAAGAGCAGUUUGAGGUGUGCCAAGAGUUUAUCGGCGAGAUCGAGAAAGUCCACAGCUCAUCGGAUACCCCCCUACGCCAGGACUUGGAAAUUCAUCGAAGACAAGAGUCCCGGGAGAAACAAUCUUUGCAAGACAUGCUUGCGCGUCAAGCUGUUGCUGUGGAGGAUCAGGAGGUAGUUCUUGCAGAUGUCCUUGCAGACAUUGAAGGCACAGCUGAAUCUGGUGAGUACGAGCAGGUCGUGAGCAGGGUGCCUUCACUCCCAACCUUUCCACCGCCCAAGCACCUCACAGAACGGGCAGACUCCGGCGUGAGCCAGUUGAGCCAGUCGAGCCAGUUGAGCGAGUUGGCGCACAAGGAGUCCUCCCACCUGAAUGGGGGUCUCACUGGUGCGGUCUUCCUGCAGUCUGGCUUGGAGGGCCUCUCAGAGGCGGAGGCCAGGGCGAUCCGGCACCGGCUCCGCGUGCGCCUGGGCGCGAUGUCUCGCUUGAAGCUGGUCAGCGGGAAGUCCGUUCACGAGGCAGUGGAAGCACUGGGCCUCACGCGCUACUCUGUGGAGGACAUGAAUGAGUUGGUAAACUUGCUCGCGGACUUCAUCAGCUUGCACUUUGAGGAGACCCACAGCUCCAAGAAAGGAAGAAGAAAGACGAUUUUCAGCUGGGAGGAGGUCGGUGAUCAGCUCGAAAACUUUGGCCGACCUGUGUGGAAAUGGCCAGAUCCGCGGGACAUUCAUCAGGGCGGCAUCCAUCGCACUUCCUCCAUGACCGCCUUCGGCGAGGUCCAGGCAAAGAGUGACUACAACGUGGUCCCGGCCUCUGCUUUGAUGGAGCUGUUCCUCUCACAGGAGGGGGAAAUCCAUCGAAAGAUCUUUGGGCCGCAAAUCUUCAAGCAGUUCCAGGCCAUGCGGGAGAUCUUGCUGGCUGGCGACACCAAUCGCCUGGUGGCAGAGUUGACCUUCGUUCGGAUCAAUGAUUUGGCCGCACCACCUGAGCCGCUGCACCCAUUGAUGUACGUGGAGCCCUUUGUGGCUAUCCUCAUCGUUCUCAACGGAGUUAUGAUUGGCUUCCAGACCGACCCCGUCUUCGAAGAGUGGGGUGGCUGGAUAUACUUGGAGAUCACCUUCUCCUCUUUUCUCGUUAUCGAAACCCUUCUGCGCAUGCAUCUGCUGGGAUGUGGCAUCUUCUGGUGCGGUGACGACAAGAUUUGGAAUUGGUUUGAUGUGGUCUUGGUGGUCACGGGCGUCACCGACGUGGUGGUGCAACUUGUCCGCCAGCGACGCAGCGACAUCUUCGGCACCUCUCUGCUGCGGUUCUGCCGUCUGAUCCGCCUGGUGCGCAUCGUGAAAGUUUUCCGCCUGAAGUUCAUGAAGGAUCUUCGGCUCAUGGUCAAGGGCUUGGUGGCCGGCAUCCGGACGCUAAUUCUAGCGUUUACCUUGCUGCUGUCUGUGCUGUAUGUGAUCUCGGGCUUCGCAACAAUGACCAUCGGGAGCAGCCCUGAUGCGGAAGAACUGGAACUGACGCACCACUUCCGGAACUUGCCAGUGUCGAUGUUUACGUCUUUCCGAUGCUUCACCGGGGAAUGCACCAAUGACUUAGGGUAUCCGAUCACCUCGCUGCUUGCCGAGCGGAUGGGCCUUCCGUUUAUCAUGGGUUACGUCAUGAGCUACAUGCUAGUAUCCAUGGGCAUUUUCAACGUGAUCCUUGCAGUCUAUGUGGAGAUCACUAUGAAGGCCGCCAAGGAGACGGAAGCCACCACAGCAGAGCAGUACGCCCGUGAGUCUAUCCGUGUAGCAAGGACAACUCGCGAGCUGCUGAAGAAGUUCGCCGCGGCAUACCGGCUCUUUCAAGAGCUGGAUGAGAAGGAGAAGCGCAACUCCGGGUUUAACUUGCGCAGCAAUACGGGGAUGUUCACCGACGACGACGUGCACGACAAAAUCGCCAUCACGAAGGAGCUGUUCCUGCUGGUCAUCCAGGACAGGGAAGUGCAGCAGCUGAUGGAUGAGCUGGAUUUGCCGCCUGAUCGUGCCAACCUUUUCGAGGUCAUCGACGCGGAUGGCAGCGGCACUCUCCACAUUGCUGAGCUGGUUCAGGGCUUGCUGAAGAUCCGGGGGGAGAUCAAGAAGAGCGAUGCCGUGGCGGCGCUGCUGGCAACCAAGGCGGUGCAGGGCAUGGUGGCCGAGAUGAAGGAAGAGCAUGAAAAGCGCAUGGACGAACUGAAGCAGACGGUUCACGAGCAGCUGUGCAGGAUCUCUGCAAUCUCCUUGCCCCAGCGCAGUUCGCGCACAGAACAUCGAGUGGCUCACGUUUGAUGGCUUUCAGAUGCAUGCAGCAUUCUGGGCCCGGUCGGAGAGGCACUUAGCAAUUUCUGCAAGGUCGCUUUCUGUGAUUUUCAUGGGUUGGCCUAUGUAAGCAGCGCCCAACACCCCCUAUCCGCC